AUGCCCGGUUGGGUUCAUUUCAUCUAUAGUGUUUUGGGAGUAAAAGUACCAGUGAAGGGGUGCGUUGAUGCGAUCGAUCGCAUGCCACCAAUGAGGAAACACCAAGUGUCAAUUACUGGGUUGACGAAGUACUUUAGAGACCAUUACGAGAGUCAUCCCCUAACUGAGGAAAGUUCGGAGGAUGAGAAGGAGAGAUAUGCUCGGGUCUAUCUCAUUGGCAGGAUCAGAGGAGUGUUCUUCUCCAAAAAAUCAAGCAAUCUCCUUAGUUGUGGAUGGCUUAGGAUCAUCCUCGGUAGUUGGGAGGAGAUGGGGGAGUAUAGUUGGGCAUCCGCUUGCCUAGCUAAUAUCUACCACAACUUGUGCAAUGCCUCUCUAAAAGUUGUGAGGGAGGUCCGCUGCGCAAUGUUCAUAGUCCAAUUUUGGGCUUGGGAGCAUAUGCCAUGGAUUGCACCGGUACAACGUCCCGACAGGGAUUGGCCAAUCGAUCAUCCCCUAAGAGGGGAAGCUUAUGGUACAAGGUGGCUCGGACACACAACUUGUGACAACCUUGCCCAACACAAGUUGGAUGAGUAUCGGAGGAGGUUUGAGCGACUUUGGGAAGGAGAGAUCAUCUUCGAUCCAUACCCGGAGAACAUCGUUCAUUGGCAUCUCCAGCAAUUCCCCGAGCAUAUUGGCCAAUGGUGCACGAGGGUCCCUCUAAUUUGUUUUGGGACCGUGGAGUGGCACUUGCCGGAUCGAUGCCUCCGUCAGUUUGGUCGGGAGCAGUGCAUUCCGUUGGAGGUCCCCGAUAGUCAAAAGGCCUUCCAAGGUCGAGAUGGGCGGCAAGCAGUGGGUCGAAUGGGGUAUCAUGACCCAUACUUGGAUCGAUAUCGGCAAACAUCGGUCCGUUACAUGACUCCGGAGGGUGCUGCCGAUGGUGCAUUAGCUGACGGGAUUGAGCGGAUUAAAGACAUGACCACCGGGAGAAUGGAGCUGGGAAAUGAAGAUGUGAGCUUCAUCAGGAGGAUGGCAAACAAUCUUCUUGGCUGUAUCAGAGCUCAGGGUCGGGAUCAUCGUAGAUAUCCGCCCAUGCCGGCACCCCCGCCACCUCCGGUACAAGUUGAUGUCCCCGAUCCCCCACCACCAUACGAGAGGAAGCCAAGCAAGAGGGUCCGGGAAAGGCCCAACGUGCCCGAAGUCAAGCCAUAUCCCGGGUGGAAACUGCCGCCCCCAUUGGUUGCUCCCCAAGGUGUCGGCCCGAGAUCCCCCCAAGUUGGCGGCCCGAGUUCUCUCCAAGGUGGCGGCCCAAGUUCUCCCCAAGUUGCUGGCCCGAGUUCCAUCCAAACUCCCCACCAAGGCUCGUACUACGAUCCCCGCUCGACCUACCAUCAAACCUCUCCAAGUCCCACCCCGAUCUCAUACAACGAUCCCCGCCAUGGAGCAUACUACGAUUACCACCCGAUCUACCCCCCAUCUCCCCGCCAAGGAGGUUACUACGAUUACCGCCCGGUCUACCCCCCAUCUCCCCGCCAUACAUCAUCGGGUACUUGGCAUGAUGGUUCCUCCACGACGGCCCACCACGAUUUUACGCCAUGGACUCGCCCUCAUCAGCAGUGGCCUCUUACUCCUCACCGUACUUCCGUGGAUGUCCCCCGCUCGACCUCGGAAGUGUCGAUUCCCCGCCGACACAGCACCGAUGAGCGCCAAACUACCUCGGCCCGAGUUCGAAACUUGCCACCGCAACCACCUGUUGUUACUCCCGUCGGUCGUCGUACAAGGAGCAAGAAAACCGUGGGUUCCGGUGAAGCUCGUGGACUUCCUUGA